CGGCUCGAGCCUACGGAUAAAACACGCCGUCACCCCACAAAUCCAAAAAAAAUCUGCGAAGAAUUGUGUACAGGAAUUAUACUUGCAAAAAAUGGACAAGGAAAAUAAGAUACGUAGCAAGAAUUUCACUAAAGAUGAAAAAUUACGGCUUGUACACGAAAUAUCAUUAUAUCAAUAUAUUAUUGAAAAUAAAGCGACUAAUAUGACGACUAAUAAAGACAAAGAAGAAGCGUGGGCCAACGUAACUAUGAAUUUUAAUAGGAAUAAACCAGAGACCCAGCAACGAACAGAAAAAUGUUUACGUCUGUGUUGGGACAAUUUGAAAAGAGACACCAAAAAAUAUUGUGCAAAGCUACAGAGAGAAUUAUAUAAAACAGGUGGAGGUGUUCAAAGUGUACAACCAAAUCCGUUAUUAGAACAAGUUCGAGAAAUGAUGACAAAAGCCGCAGUAUCUGGAUUACAUAAUCCGUUUGAUUCGGAUGCUAUAACAAUUAAUGAAAACGCUCAUGUUCAGGAAUUAUUAGAAGAUAACGAUAGUUGCGAUGAUCCAGUUGAGGUGUUUACAUAUUUGUUGAAAAAUGAAAAUAUUAAAAAUUGGCAGGGUUGCAGUAUUAAAAAUUUACGAUCGGAAAUAAGUCCUCCUUUAAAGAAAGGUCUUCCUUUACAGGAGAGUUCUUCUUCAAAUAACAGUAUUCCUUCACAGAAAAGUCUCCCUUUAAAUGAAAAUAUGGUCACAUUAACAGAAGAAAGAUGUAAGAAACGAUCAUAUCAAGAGAGCUGUGAUUUAGAAAAAGCAAAAAUUGAUUUAACAAACACUUUAAAAUCAAGUAUAGAAGUGAAAAAUAUCUACGAAGUAGAAAUAUUGAAACAAAAAUUGGAACAAGAGCAGCUAAAAGUGAAAUUAUUAAAAAUGUCAGUUAGAAAGGAAACAUUAACAGAGGAAACGUAAAGGUAUUUAUUGCUAUAAACUUUUAAACCAAAGUGCUAAACUUUAUUUCUGUACUAAUGUUUUUAUUUUGCAUAACGUUUACUUUGUAAUAACAGCAUAGCUUUUAUACUCACUGUUACUACUUUAUUACACUAAACUUACUUUGUUUAUAACACAAUGUUGUGAUAUUUUUCAUAAGACUGUUUAUUUAUAACAUAAUGUUGUGAUAUUUUUCAUAAGACUGAUGUGAUCGCAGUAUAAUCGUACGCAAUACGAAUUUAUUUGUUUAUAAAAUUAAGUACAUUUUAAUUAGGACUUUUCCUUUUAUAUGGUUGAAAACUAUGAGUCAGUCUUAAUAUAAUAUAGUAGUAAGUAACAGUCUUAAAAUAGUAUAGUAUAUAGUAAUAUAGUACUAACAAUAAGUAACAGUCUUAAAAUAGUUUCACGAUUUCAGCUUUACAGUGAGCUUUAAUAUAAGACUGUAUUAAAAUAUUUUAGGUAAUAGAACACUUUUGUUUAUAAUAAACUUUCGCAAAUAUUAGACUUACAUAUAUGUACUAGUCUUUACAAGAGGCUGUUCAUUAUUUAAGAAAUUUAAGUUUCAUUAUUUAAAAAAUUUAAGUUCAAUUUUUUCUAGAAUCGUUAUGAAGACAGGUUUUGAUACUUAAAUCUUUCUUCGAAAAGUUUGUCAUUCAAAGUGUCAAAAUAAUUAAUACGUGGUUUAAAUAUACGUUCUCUUUCAUUCUUUUUUCAAGAUUAUCAUUAUCGUAUUCGUCGAAGUCUAAGAAAUCCAUAACGUUGUUAAU